AUCACAUGUUGUUUUGGUUUUCGUCGGUGGUUUUAGUUAUCCACGUUCAAUACCGAUAUUAUCUUCUUAAUACUGUAAAAUAUUGUGUAAAAUUACAUUGUACGAGUCUCAAUGGGAAAAAAGAAUAAAGACACACUCGGACGAGCGCUCAUUAAAGAUAGAUUUGCUAAAAAUCGCAAUCGAAGACAUGUAGGAGAUAAUACCCUGCUUCACACAACUGAAGUUAAUGACGGUUUUGACUGGGGCCGUCUAAACCUACAAUCAGUGACAGCAGAGUCAUCUCUCCAAGAGUUCCUCUCCACAGCUGACUUAGCUAAUAGAGAGUUCAUAGCAGAGAAACUAAAUAUCAAAUAUGUAAAUACUGCACCAUGUGAGGUUGAUAUUGUCACAUCACAGCCAGAUUUUGAUGAACCUCUCACUGUUCCAAGAAGACCAGCCUGGAAACCAGGUAUUACAGCAGAAGAGCAAUUGGCUAGAGAAAGAGAUGCUUUCUUAAACUGGAGGCGACAUUUAAAUGAACUGCAAGCCAAGCUCGGGGCUGCUGUUACACCUUACGAGAGGAACCUGGAGCUUUGGAAACAGUUGUGGAGAACUUUGGAGAAAUCUGAUGUGGUGCUGCUUUUGUUGGAUGCUAGGAAUCCUCUAUUGUUCAGAUGUAGCGACUUGGAAAAAUAUGCAGCUGAGCAAAAAUGUAAAUGCAUACUCUUGUUAAACAAGGCUGAUUUAACUACUGAAUAUCUGCGCAAAUGUUGGGCUGAAUACUUUAAUAAAGAGAACAUUCCCAUAAUCUUCUUCUCAGCUGUAAAAAGUACAGCUAGCAAAGAAAGAAAGAUAUCCGAAGAAGAAUCAAUUAAAUCAGAAGAACAAGAUAACGAUGACUCAGGCGCAGAAAUGGGCGAUUCUGAAGACGAAAGCGAUGUUGAAAAUCCAAACGCACUAAAUGACACACAAGAUGACAUAGAACUGUUCAAAAGACAGCUUGGAGACUUGGAUAAAGCUGUAAAUAAUACUGCUAAUAAAAUAGACGCUAUACAACAGGCAUUAGAUAAAGUUCUAGAAAGUUUACGAUUAGGUAGACCAAUAGAACCAUUUCAAACUAAUACUGACAUAGUUACAGAAAAUGGUGAACAAGAAGAAAAUGUAGUUACAAAUGAUAACACAUUUGAAAACCAAGGUACAGAGGGUGAAAACGUAGUUACAGAAGAAUCUAUUAGUAAUACAGCAGAAAAUAAAGAAAGAGUUCAAAAUUCACACGAGAUUUUUGACAGAGACCAGUUGUUACAAGUACUCAAAGAACAGAAGGUGGUCAAAUUGAAGAAUCCGCCAAGAAUAACUGUGGGAAUGAUUGGAUAUCCUAAUGUAGGAAAAUCUAGUUCUGUCAAUAUUUUAAUGCAGACUAAAAAGGUCAGUGUAAGUUCAAUGCCGGGUCACACGCGGCACAUCCAGUCGCUGAUAUUGGAUGAAGAUGUGGAACUGUUGGACUGCCCUGGCUUGGUGUUGCCCGCCUAUGCAGUGGCUCCUGAUCUACUGUUGACUGCUGUUCUGCCCAUUGACCAGAUGCGUGCUCACGAGGCAGCCAUGGCGCGACUGUGUGAGCUAGUGGGUCGACAUACUUUCGAGAAGAAAUACGGACUCUUGUUACCUGAGUAUGAGGGCAGCGAGCUAGAGUACAAGAAGAUACUUACUGCGCAUGCGUUUAACAGAGGCUUCAUGACGGCAGCCGGCCAACCGGACCAGUCCCGCUCCGCUCGCCUCCUGCUUAAGGACGCAGCGAGCGGCCGCUUGCAGUGGGAGAAGCUGCCGCCGGGAGUCGAACCCGCGCCCAUCGACCAGCUCAUACAGGAGAAGAAGAACGACGCGCGGAAACCCACGCCCAGGGAAACUAGAGCUGUAGAGGGAUGGUUGAACAAGUCUACAGAAAUUGACAACACGUUUUUCGCAUUGAAUAAAAGCACUGCGCAUGUCAAAGGGAAACCAAUGUUAGGGAUGUCAAGUGCGCAAGCGGCGGGCAACCCAGGCAUUCUCGGAAAACCCUGGAAACAAGAAAAGAAACACGCGAACAAAAAUAAAAGAGAAAAACUCAGAAGAGUUUACGCUCAUUUAGAUGAACACUAAUAUUAAGAAUUUAUCUGUGUAAAAUAUUAUGGACUUUUUAAGAACAUCUGUUUCGCAAUAAAAGUACGUGUGAAACAACUAAAAAUAUCAGCGGAAAAACCGCGUCUACAUCAAUAAAAAUUUACGUUGUGCGUCAUGUUCGGGGAAAAAUAUUCUGUUGAAGCACAAAUUUUCGUCAAUGUACUCGUUUUUACGUAGAAAUACAUUCCAAUUUACGGCAAAAAAACAUGCAACGUUCAAGACACCACACUUUUAUUGAUGUGGACGCAACGUUGAAUUAAAUUAAAACCUGUACCUACCUACCUACUAAUUUAAUUUAGUCAUCAAACACACUUACAGAUACACUACAGUUUGGUAAAAUUAUAAAGAUACAUAAUAGUCCGACGGCUUUGAUCUCGUGGUAACGGCAAUCUUUCAACAUAGGCCCCUAACUACGUAGGC